AUGGCGGACGAGAAGAUUGAAGGGUCCCCGCCAACCAUCCAGACGAUCGAGGAGCUAAACGACCCGAAGAAGACGGGUGAUACAUUUGGCACAGAAGUCGAGCCCGGAGAAGCCGAACCCGAAGAAGUCGAACCCGUCGUCACCCCAAGAACAUGGGCAGUUGUGUUUAUCAUGGCGAUGGGCUACGGGCUGUGCUUCUGGCCAGUCCCGGUGUUCGCGGCGAUUGGAUCUCAAGUUGCGGCCGCAAAAGGUGAUCCAGACAAGGCAUCGUGGUUCGUGCCCGCGUGGACACUAUCGAUCACCGUCUGCUUCAUGAUCUGUGGAGCCAACACUGACUUACUCGGCCGUCGCUGGUUCUUGGUGGGAGGGAAUGUGAUUUGUGUGAUUGGCCAUCUCGUGAUUGGCACCGCAAAGACUGCAAACACCAUCAUUGUCGGAAUGUCUCUUGCAGGGUUUGGCGGUGGUAACUGUCAAAUGGCUGCCUUCGCCGUGACCGAGCUCCUCCCAAAUCGGUGGCGACAUAUAGGAGUCGUGCUCGCCGACAUAGCCUCUCUGGGAGCGGUCACGUUCGCCCCGGUGGCGGGCCGAUUCGGGUGGGAGGAGGGAACGUGGAGAUGGAAUUUUUACGUGGCAGCCAUUCUGCAAGGUCUUUCUUUUGUUGGCUUAUAUCUACUGUAUUUUCCGCCCGCUCACCCCUACAACAUGCAGCCCAAGCAGUUGAUCAAGGAGCUCGACUACCUUGGGAUGUUUCUCUUCACCGCCGGUGCUGUUCCUCUGCUGAUGGGGAUCAUCUGGAGCGGGACAUACAGCUCGCACGAUCUCCAUGUCGUGGUUCCUCUUGUCGUCGGGGCCGUGGUCUUGGUGGUCUUCGCUCUGUGGGAGACCUAUGGCAACAUCAAGCAUCCCCUCACACCGACCUAUAUGUUUACGUCGUCGCACGGCCGAGAUCUCACAGCGCCUUGUGUCGCUCUAGCGAUCGUCAACAUGUCCUACUACUCUAGUAGCAUUCUCUGGCCUACCAUGAUUGUCCAAUUUUACACAAAUGGUGGUGCUGCGUGGAAGCAUGGGAUCGCUCUGUCCAUUGUCCAGGGGCUGGCCAUCAGUGCGGGUGCCCUCGGUCUCAGCUUACUUGGGAACAAAAUCCGCCGUUGGCAGUGGCAGUUGACGGGUUCCAUGUUUGUCAUGGUUGUCUUUGGGGCAUUGUUGGCCUUAGGGAAGCCGUCCAACCAGGGAUUGAUGGUGGCGUUUGUUUUCCUUUCCCAAGCUGGGUAUGGUUGGGCGCUCUACCUAUCCAUCGCCAUCUCACAGAUGGGCGUUGCCCACAAAGACCUGGGCCAUUCUGGUGGAAUAUCCGGCGUGAUUCGGUUUGCUGCGGGAACAAUCAGUGCAGCCGUAUACACCACGGUGUUGAGCAACAAGGUCUCAACCUAUACUGCACGAUACGUGCCUCGAGCCGUGACCGCAGCGGGGCUCCCUACCUCACAGAUAUCCGCUCUUCUCAACGCCAUUAAUACUCCUUCUCUCGCGCAGCGCUUUUCUCCUGCAGUUGUCGCUGCUGCUCAACAAGCGGUGGCACGGGCCUACGAGAAGGGUAUCCAAUAUGUGGCAUACGCCAGCAUCGGCUUUGGCGUCGUCGGGCUCGUCGCCUGUGCGCUGUGCAAGGAUGUUGACGAUAAGAUGACAAACAAAAUCGAAGUUUAUAUGGAAAACACCAAAUACGCAGACAGAAACCGGCACGAGCCCACAGAAAAGGAGUGA